AUGGCCUAUAACCGCUAUGUUGCCAUCUACAAACCACUGCACUACGGGACACUCAUAGGUGGAUUUGUCCGGCUGGUCGGAGGGGACAGCCCCUGCUCAGGAAGUGUGGAGGUCUACGACAGGGACCAGUGGAAAGCUGUCUGUGACUCCCACUUUGGUGCCAAAGCUGCCGAGGUGGUCUGCAGGGAGCUGCAGUGCGGCACAGCCCUGUCCGUGCAUGGGGCAGCUCACGUGGGAGAAGGGGCCGAGUACACAGGGUUCAGGCUGGUGAAUGGCAGCACAGUGUGUGCAGGCAGGGUGGAGGUCGAGGUGCUGGGGACGUGGGGGACCCUCUGUGCCUCCCGCUGGGACCUCCAGGACGCCCACGUUCUCUGUCGGCACCUCGGCUGUGGCUUUGCUGAGUCCAUUCCUGGAGGAGGGCAUUUUGGGAGAGGAACCGGCCCCAUCUGGAGAGACUCGUUCCACUGUGACGGGACUGAAGCCCACCUGGGGCAGUGCCCGGUGACUGCCCUGGGGGCCUCGUCGUGCUCCCACGAGAACGCUGCUGCUGUCAUUUGCUCAGGGCUGGCUCGCCCCAUGUCCCUGCGGCUGGUGGGCGGAGGGAGCCGGUGCGACGGGCGCGUGGAGGUCUUCCAGCACGGGAUGUGGGGCAGAGUCCUGGAUGAGCAGUGGGACAUGCAGGAGGCCAGCGUGGUGUGCCGGCAACUGCAGUGCGGAGAGGCAGAGGCAGCCUACACCCCUGUGAGAGCCGAGCGAGGGCUGGGCCCCGUGGGGCUGCACGGGGUGCGGUGCACAGGGCAAGAGACUAACCUGAGCCUCUGCAACACCUCCCUGCCUGAGAGCGCAAUGGCAACAGGGAUCAUGGAGGAUGUGGGGGCCGUGUGCCGGGGGAGCUGGCGGGUCCGGCUGGCAGAUGGGGCCGGGCGCUGUGCCGGGAGAGUGGAGAUCUACUACCAGGGGCGCUGGGGCACCGUCUGCGACGACGCCUGGGACCUGGCCGACGCCGCCGUCGUUUGCCGCCAGCUGGGCUGCGGAGGGGCCGUGGAGGCAGCUGGCUCCGCUCGGUUCGGGGAGGGCUCCGGGCAGAUCUGGCUGGACAGCGUCAACUGCUCCGGGGCCGAAGCUGCUCUCUGGGACUGCCCUGCCGAGGCCUGGGGGCAGCACGACUGCGGGCACAAAGAGGACGCAGGAGUCAUCUGCUCAGAGUUCAUGGCCCUGAGGCUGGAGAACAGCGACGGCUGCUCCGGGCGCCUGCAGGUUUUCUACAACGGGACGUGGGGCAGCGUUUGCUCCAACUCGAUGACUACCGAGUCGGUGUCACUGGUGUGCAAGGAGCUGGGCUGUGGGAAUGAAGGGAACCAGGAAACAACCUCAAGCUAUGCCAAGCUGCCUGGCACCGCGUGGCUGGAUCAUGUGGAGUGUGGGAAGAGCAACAGCUCCUUCUGGCAGUGUCCCUCUGAUCCCUGGCAUCCGCAGUCGUGUGAUGACCUCCGAGACGAGGCCCACAUCACCUGCAAUGACAGGGAGAAGAUCCGCACCGUGGGAGGUGAGGACGGCUGCUUGGGCAGAGUGGAGGUCUGGCACCGCGGCGCCUGGGGGACGCUGUGUGACAAUGCCUGGGACAUGUGGGAUGCUGAGGUGGCGUGCAGGCAGCUGGGCUGUGGCCCCGCGGUCUAUGCCCUGGGCCAGGCUGCCUUUGGAGAGGGGACGGGCCCCAUCUGGCUGAUGGAGUGCAGGGGGACGGAGCUGUCUCUGCAGGACUGCUGGGCCCAGCCAGGGGACAGCGGUGCCUGCCAGCACAAGAAAGAUGCGGCUGUGCAUUGCUCAGGUGAGCAGUGGGGCUGGGAGACAUCGCUGGGGGCUUGGCAAAGAGCUGAUCCCCCCCGGGGCCCUCUGACCACCAGCAGUGAGAGACUCUCAGUGCCUGUCAUCAUCUGCAUCAUCCUGGGGGCCCUCCUCUGCCUGCUCCUGGCCCUCCUGGCUGGGCAGGUGCGAAGCGCCAGGGCUCAGCGCAGAGACCAGCCCUGCCUCUGUCCCCAGGCUCCGGGAGAGCUAGGGGAGCCCUUCCCUGAGGCCGUGUACGAGGAGAUCGCUUACAGCCUGGCAUGGGAGAAGCAGGCGAGGUUCAGUCUCUCAGAUGUCCCUGUCCUGCCCGGAGGUGACCCAGUGGAUGGCUAUGAUGAUGCCGGGGAGGUUUCUGACCCUGGGGAGGAUCCUGUCCCUGGGCAGGGGGACUGGGAUUUGCCCGGGAUUCCAGAGGAAGGAGAUGGGCCCAGGGAUGCAGCCACAGGAUGGUGGGAUCACUCCCACGACUGGAGUACUGUGAUAGACGGCUACAAGCUCUUCAGAAGGGAUUGA